GCAUUAGUAUCAGUAUCACCUCCGCACUUUAUUCCCGUCCCCUCCCCCUCUCUGCCUAAGUUGCUUCCUCGAUUGAUUUCCGAACCAAAACUCAGUCCGUACAACGGGCAGGCAUGAUGGACGAUCACGGCAUCAAUGACGACGACGAGGAGGCUGUUCUGCCUUCAUCCCGUUACCGGUGGGACAUCUUCCUCAGCUUUCGGGGCGAGGACACGCGCCACGGCUUCACUGACCGCCUCUACAAAGCGCUAUGGCUCGAUGGCGUCCGCACCUUCCGCGACGACGAGGGGCUGGAGCGAGGGGACGAGGUGGCGCCCGGCCUUCUCGAGGCGAUCCAGGACUCAGCCGGCGCGGUCGCUGUUAUCUCCGAGCGGUACGCGGACUCGCGGUGGUGCCUGGAGGAGCUCGCGACAAUCUUUGAGGGGAAGAAGCUGCUGCUCCCGGUGUUCUAUGACGUCGACCCGUCGGACGUUCGGAGGCAGAGGGGCCCGUUUGAGGCAGGGUUUAGGAAGCUGGAGGAGUCCUGCGGGGCCGAGAAGGUGCAGAGGUGGAGACAAGCCAUGGAGAAGGCAGGAAACAUCUCCGGAUGGGUUUCUAAAGUCUGGGAAGAGCAGGAGAUGAUCCGGUCUUUAGUCGAGAGGAUCUUGAAGAAGUUGAAGAACACGCCCUUGGGAGUGGCCAAGUAUCCCGUUGGACUCGAAGCUCGCCUCGAAGAGCUGAAGGGGAUGAUCGAUGCCAAUGCCAAUGGAGUCCUAGCGCUCGGUUUCUACGGAAUGGGUGGAGUUGGAAAAACGACUCUGGCAAAGGCUCUGUUCAACAAGCUAGUGGGUCACUUCCGACUGCGCAGUUUCGUGUCAAAUAUUCGAGAAAGUUCUUCACUACCAGGUGGUUUAGAUUCUCUUCAGGCCAAGCUGAUUGGCGAUCUUACCUCCAGCAAUGUGUCACCGCCAGGAGGGGUCCGAAAUGGUAUCCUUAGGAUCAAGGAGCUGACCUUCGAGCAGUCCGCUCUCAUUGUUCUCGAUGAUGUUCAUGACGUCGGGCAACUAAAUGCCCUAGCUGGAGGCAGAGAUUGGUUCUACGAAGGAAGCCGGAUCAUCAUCACUUCACGGGAUAGAGACCUCCUGCCUGAGAGCAUAGUGAAUGUGUUCUACGAGGUGAAGAAACUGAGCCUCCCGGAAUCGAUACAGUUAUUCAGUUUUCACGCCUUGGGAAGACACGAACCCCCAAGAAACUUAAGCAAACUCACCGAGCAAAUUGUCGAUCUCACCGGAGGAUUACCCCUUGCCUUGGAAGUAUUUGGUUCUUAUCUGUACGAUAAGAGGGAUGUAAAGGACUGGCAAGAUGCGGUGCAAAAGCUACAGCGAGUUCGUCCUGGUCACCUGCAAUCUGUUCUAGAGAUAAGUUUCGAUGCGCUUGAUAGGGAAGAGAAGAGUGUAUUCCUUGAUAUCGCGUGCUUCUUCGUUAAAAUGAGGAUGACAAGAGAAGACGCAAUAUAUGCGUUCAGGGCUUUUAAUUUCAAUGCCGGGAUCACGAUCAAAGUGCUUGCGGCCAAAUCUCUCUUGAAAGUUACUGAGGACGAAAUCCUCUGGAUGCAUGAUCAGAUAAGAGAUAUGGGAAGGGAAAUUGUUCAGAGGGAGUGCGAUUACUAUCCUGGCAAGCGAAGCAGACUUUGGGAUCGCGAUGAAAUAUUGACCGUUCUAAAGAAUAAGGCGGGGACGGAGAAGAUCCAAGGAAUUACACUGGACUUGGAGAAGAAGCACGAAUCAAGCUCAACCACAAACAUCGGAAAGCACCACCAAGCAAGGGACUGGGGUCUUACAUCCAUUGUCCCGUACCUGAAACAAAAAUUCAAGAACUGCUCCAGCCAUGAGGGGGACAAGAAUGGGAACGAGAGAGGUUUGACGGUUCUGCAUACAAGUUCGUUCACACGUAUGGUCCACCUUAGGCUCCUGCAGAUCAAUCAUGUAACCUUAAGGGGAAGUUCCAAGACGAUGCCUUCUGGAAUUAAGUGGCUGCAAUGGAAGGGAUGCCCCUUGGAAGUUCUUCCUCUCAGUAGCUUCCUUCGGCAACUCGGUGUCCUCGACCUCUCAGAAAGCAGCUUCACAAAGAUUAGCAUGUCAAGCGGAUGGAACACCUUCAGGGAGAGUAAGACGGAUAAGAAAUUGCUGGUCAUGGAUCUACAUGCUUGCAACCAGCUCACCGAGAUUCCCGACUUAUCCAAUUAUCAAGGCUUAGAGAAACUGAUACUUGCAGGAUGCACAAGGCUGGUCGAGAUUCACAAAUCUGUUGGUGACAUGACUUCCUUAUUGACCUUAGACCUGAGCCGUUGCUCCAAUCUCCGGAAGUUCCCAGAUGACAUCUCAGGUCUAAAGAAUCUCGAGAAACUUGUGCUCUCUGAUUGCGUCCAGAUGAUGGAGUUACCAGAGGACAUGGGAGGGAUGGCAUCUUUAAAAGAGCUACUCCUUGAUUCCACGGCGAUACUAAAACUCCCUGAAUCUAUAUUCCGCCUCCAGAAACUCGAGAAAGUCAGUUUAAAAUAUUGUCAAUCACUGAAGCAGCUUCCCGGGUGUAUAGGAGGGCUAAGCUCGCUAAAAGAGCUUAUUCUUGAUAGUUCAUCUCUAGAAGAACUGCCGAACUCUAUAGGAUCCUUGGCCAAACUCGAGAAACUAAGUCUCAUCUACUGUAGAUCUCUCACUGCUCUUCCUGACUCUGUCGGCAGCCUGCAAUCGUUGACCCAUCUCUUGCUCGGGAACACUUCAUUGACACACCUGCCUGCUACCAUUGGUUCAUUGUCAAGGUUGAAGCUCCUCUCUCUUAAUUACUGUAGGAAGCUGUCUGAGUUGCCUGAAUCAAUCGGGGGCUUAUCAUCUUUGGUUUGGUUAGAUUUAGUGUCCACCUCAGUUGAACGCGUCCCAUCCCAGAUCGGUGCCCUGAAGAUGCUUAAAAAUCUCGAGAUGGCUUACUGCAGGUCCCUUAGAUUGGUACCAGAGUCUCUUGGGAAUCUGUUGAGCCUCACUAGCUUGAAUUUGAAUGAGGCUCCGAUAACAGAGUUGCCUGAAUCCAUAGGGACGUUAGAAAGGCUUAGCACUUUGAGACUGAACAGCUGUAGAAAUCUCCGAAAGCUGCCAGCUGCGAUAGGGAAUUUGAAAAGCCUUGUCGACUUGUCGAUGAAGGAAACCGCAGUGGUGGCAUUGCCAGAGGAGUUUGGAAUGCUCUCGAGCUUGCAGUAUUUGAUGAUGAGAAAAGAGCCGAAACCCGAUGUGGAGGAAAAAUCAGAACAAACUGAAAUUGUUCUUCCAAGAACAUUUUCGGGUCUCUGCUCGUUAAAAGAGCUGGAUGCUCAUGCUUGUAGAUUAUCCGGAAUUCCUAAUGAUUUCGAGAAGAUAAGGACCCUAGAGGUCCUUAAGCUUGGUUUCAACAAGUUUCAUUCCCUCCCUUCGAGCCUAAGGGGCCUUGAGCUACUGAAAGAUCUGAUUCUGACUAACUGCAGAGAGCUCAGAUCUCUCCCGCAACUUCCCUCGAGCUUGACUAAGCUGGAUGCAUCAAACUGUACCUCACUUGAAAGCAUACGCGACCUUGGGAAUUUGGAACAACUGCAGGAGCUGAACCUGACCAACUGCUACAAAGUAGUUGAUAUCCCGGGUCUUCAAGUGAUGAAGUCCCUUAGGAGACUCUUCUUGGGUGGCUGCACGUCUUGCGCUGCAGCAGUGAAGAAGAGACUCGAAAAGGUUGCUCUAAGGCAUUUGUACAACUUGAGCAUUCCGGCAAGCGAUAUACCGAGCUGGUUUUCCCAGGAAAUUACUAGCUUUACACCUCGCAAGAACCGGGAACUCAGGGGAAUCAUUGUCGCUGUGGUUGUCUCCCUAUCCGAUGAAAACCCAAACAACAUCAAAUCCAGACUCCCCGCGAUUGUGGAUGUUAAAGCACGGGUAGUUAGGGACAAUGUCGAGCUGCACACAACUGUCUUGAACCUGAUGGGAGUUCCUGAAGCGAAUGAAGAACAACUGUACUUGAUUCGGUUCCCAGACUUCAAGCCAAUUGUAAAGAUGCUGGAAGAAGGGGAUAAGAUUCAGAUAACUCUACGAGAAAUGCCGUAUUUUCCUGGAAUACAGUUGAAGAAGCACGGAGUUUAUCCAGUUUUCGAGAAUGACGACGACUAUGCUGGUAAUGAGGAGUGGCUGGAUCCAUCGCAGCAGUCCGUAUCGCAGAAACUGGCUCGGUUUAUUGGUUCCUUGUAGAGAAGUUCAACUAGCCCAUGAAAGUGCACUGACAGAUCUCGAUGGAAGCUGACCAUAAGAGGUGCCUACUUCAGGAGAUUCUCUCCACACUUGACUUAAAACUUACUCCAUAUUCGACUCACGCAGUCGAUUUGGGAUUAAACUGUACUCGUAUUGCGAACGUGUAGCGACCUGUCUAUUUCAAGUACAAUCUGGAACUCCUCGAUUUGAAUAAUGUUGUUUACUUCGCAAA